GUGGCUGGGCUUGCUUCGAUGAGUUCAACCGCAUUGACGCGGAGGUCCUGAGUGUCAUCGCGCAGCAGAUUCUGCAGAUCCAGAAUGCCAUCAAGGCCCGGCUCACUUGCUUUGAGUUCGAGGGUACGGCCAACUUGCCUUUGAAGUGGACUUGUAACUGCUUCAUCACGAUGAACCCGGGCUAUGCGGGCCGAGCGGAGCUGCCAGACAACUUGAAGGCCUUGUUCCGCACUGUGGCCAUGAUGGUUCCGGACUACGCCAUGAUCGCAGAAAUUAAGCUCUACUCCUACGGCUAUGCGGAAGCCCGCAGUUUGGCGCAGAAGAUUGUGACCACCUACAAGCUGUGCAGUGAACAGCUGUCUUCGCAGAAGCACUACGACUACGGCAUGCGUGCGGUCUUCUCUGUGCUGGUGGCCGCCGGCAAUCUGAAACGCAAAUAUCCCAAGGAGGCGGAAGAGAUCUUAAUGCUUCGCUCCAUUUGCGAUGUGAACUUAGCCAAGUUCUUAGCCUUCGACGUCCCACUGUUCAAAGGCAUUACCUCCGACUUAUUCCCUGGAGUGGUUCUUCCAGAGCCCGACUUCGGAGCCUUGACCUCCAAGUUGGAGCAGCAUUUGCAAGCAGAGCAUUGUCAGCCACACCCCUACUUCAUCGAAAAGAUCAUCCAGUUCUAUGAGUGUCACAUCGUGCGGCACAGCGUGAUGCUCGUGGGUAUGCCCUUCAGUGGCAAGACCACCGCUCUGACCUGCUUGCAACGGACCCUAACAGACCUGGCCAACGAGGGCAUCAUGCACGCGGGCUGCGCCGUGCAUCAGGCGCGCUUGAACCCCAAGAGCAUCCCAGCACCGUGCCUCUAUGGAACCUUCGACGAGGUGUCCAAGGAGUGGGCGGAUGGAAUUGUGGCUGUGCUCUUUCGUGAGUUUGGACGCAACAUGACCGAGGAGCGAAAGUGGUUGGUCUUCGAUGGCCCCAUUGACGCUGUGUGGAUCGAGAACAUGAACACCGUGAUGGAUGAGAACAAGCAAAUUGGUGAUCAGCUGGGGUGGAGAGAAACGCGCCGCUUUCCCAGCGUUUGGAAGAGCACCAUGUCGUUGGAGCUCUUUGCCUUGCUUCUCUUUGGAGUGGUGGAGAGAUGGGACUUGGAGCUGGGGCGACGCUCCAAGAGUGGGGCGGAACACCUGAAGUUCGCCGCCGCUUUGCCGCCCUUCUUGGCGCUCCUUUGUGCAGAGAGGUGGCUUCAACAAGCUUUGGAGACUGAGGAGACGGUGAACAAGGUCCUUAUCGGCCUAUGUGCCAUCAUCGCUUUGGUGUGUGGCUUCUUCCUCGCGCGGCUGAGCCUCCUUCCGGCCGCUUCCGUGUGCACAGGAGUCCCGGUCUUCAAGAGCCAGUUGGCAGCCAGUGCUCCAGCGCCAGAUCCAAGUGAGUCGGCACCAGCAGUUUGUGCGGCUGAUCAAAUUCCCACACCUGCGUCUGAUGAAGAAAGCACCAGCAAGCAAGUUCUGGUGCCAGCUUCCGAGCCUGAAUCCGCUCGAAUGCCUCCACCGCACACACCUGAAGCACCGGUUGUGCAUCAUGUGCACUGUGCUUCUUCCUAUGAUGGCCUUGUGCUUCGCUUUGCCAUUUUUGUGGGCGUCACCAAGUAUGAGCUUUGCCAGGGUCCCGCUUCAAGCUAUGACGUCGUCUUCCCAGCAGAGAACCGUCUGGGUAGCACAUGCGUUGGACGAGUGGAUCAAGCAAAGCUCGAGGACUAUCAGGAUUCCCCACUCUUGAAGAUCAUGAAGAUCACGGAUCAGUCCAUCUUUGGGCGUGCGAUUCACUCGAUGAAGCCUUCCAGAUCCCAUCAGCUCGUGGGGCAGACUGCGCGCACACGUGAGGACAUCGCCCAGUGGAUUGUAGCUUACGUCAGCCA